AGCCCCGCCCCGGGUCGAGCGUGCGCCUUUUCUGACAAGCAGGGCCUCCCAGCUCUUACCCUCAACCCUCCCGGGGCUGUCACGCGUCCUGCAGACUGCAGCCUUGACCCGGCAGGGAGAAAACGACAUGGCGGCGGCCAAGGCCGAAAACCUCUCUCUGGUGGUGCACGGACCCGGAGACCUGCGCCUGAGAUGGACCCCCAGCACCUCCACAGAGAGGCCCCUGACUUCUGUAGAGCAUCUCUGCCCUUCCACACCCUCCUGUAAGGAGAACUAUCCUAUCCCUGAACCAGGCCCAAAUGAAGUGCUGCUGAAGAUGCAUUCCGUUGGAAUCUGCGGCUCAGAUGUCCACUACUGGCAGCAUGGUCGAAUUGGGGAUUUUGUUGUGGAAAAGCCAAUGGUGCUGGGGCAUGAAGCCUCAGGGACAGUUGUAAAAGUGGGAUCACUGGUAAAGCACCUAAAAGCAGGGGAUCGUGUUGCCAUCGAGCCUGGCGCUCUGCGAGAAAUGGAUGAAUUCUGCAAGAUUGGCCGAUACAAUCUGUCGCCAUCCAUCUUCUUCUGUGCCACGCCCCCUGAUGACGGGAACCUCUGCCGCUUUUAUAAGCACAACGCUGACUUCUGCUACAAGCUUCCUGACAAUGUCACCUUUGAAGAAGGGGCCCUGAUCGAACCACUGUCUGUGGGGAUCCAUGCCUGCCGGCGAGCUGGAAUCACCCUGGGGAACAAGGUCUUCGUGUGUGGAGCUGGGCCGAUUGGACUCGUCACUCUGAUCGUGGCCAAGGCCAUGGGUGCAGCUCAAGUGCUGGUUACUGACCUGUCUGCCUCUCGGUUGUCUAAAGCCAAGGAAGUUGGGGCUGAUAUCAUCCUCCAGAUCUCCAAGGAGAGCCCUAAGGAAGUCGCCAGUAAAGUGGAAGGUCUGCUGGGGUGCAAGCCAGAGGUGACCAUCGAAUGCACAGGGGCGGAGCCCGCCAUCCAGUCAGGCAUCUAUGCUACUCGCUCUGGUGGGACCCUGGUGCUCGUAGGGCUGGGCUCUGAGAUGACCACUGUGCCCCUGGUGCACGCGGCCGUCCGGGAGGUGGAUAUCAAGGGCGUGUUUCGAUAUUGCAACACGUGGCCAAUGGCGAUUUCGAUGCUUGCCUCCAAGUCUGUGAAUGUAAUGCCCUUAGUUACCCAUAGGUUUCCUCUGGAGAAGGCUCUGGAGGCCUUUGAAACAGCCAGAAAGGGAUUGGGGUUGAAAGUCAUGCUCAAGUGCGACCCCAAUGACCAGAAUCCCUAAUAUUAAUUGGACUCUGCCCUCAUCCCUGCCCCGCUCCCCCCGCCCCCCCCCCGCCGCAACCCACACCAGUACCUCAGGGCAGGGGAGGGCCUUGAUGCAGAAUUUUCUUUUGAGUAGCAAAAAUAAUUAAAAUAAUUCAUUAUAAGUGGAGAGCGUUACACAGAGGAAUUGGUGUGCCUUAAAAAAACAAGUAGGGACAGUUUGGGGGAAUUUGCAGCCAGACUAACCUACCUGUUCACACAGAGCAAAGUUCAGCAAGUACAGCAGAGUUUGUUAGGCAGGUGUCGGGAACUCCCCUUCUUCCUGGAAUGCCUGAGUUAAGUAAGGAAAGAAAUCUGCCCCUUGGGUUCCUGGUUCCACCGUGACUGGCCAGGUGGGGGUGGGAGCUAAGUUAUGAAGAGACAACUUUAUCCAGACUUAACUGGCUCAGAAAUUGAUUUUCAUGAAAAAUCUCAGUUCACGGUCUGGGAUGAAGGGUUGGCAGCAGUUUUUAGAGCACAGUGUUUCUAGACAUAAGUGCUAUUUGGUUUGAUGAUAGAAGGAAACUUUAAGGAACUGACCUACCUGGGUUUUAGGAUAAUUUUUAAAUCAGUUAAAAAAAAACCAAACCCAAAACUGAAAUCCCACAUGAGGUCCAACCAGCUUGCAUUCUCCAAAUGUAGAUAUAUAGUCAGGAAAGUUCUCAAUACUGCUGGAAGAUUGCCUCUUCUUCAACUGCUGAGAAUUCUGUGUAACUGCCUUCCCCACACUCCCCACCCUUCUACACAGUCAGGGGCAGUCACUGUGGGCUCCUUUGUCACUAGGCAACCAGGAGGUUCCUUAGAGCAACAGUCAAGGGGAGUCCUCCUGGGAGACUUGCCCAGGAGGGUUUGGCCAGUGCACCUGUCUUCCUGCCCCAGGAUGAGCAUUCCCUUCACACUCCCUGAUGAUGAUAGACAAUUCCAUUAAAUUCUGAUGAUUAUGAACAGAA